CCUUAAUUUUCUCCGUAGCUUUUCUUCUCCACAUUCUUCGUUUCUGUAAUCGCUGAAGGUAAAAGAUGAGUACGGUCGAUAAAAUGCUGAUCAAGGGUAUCAGAAGCUUCGACCCAGAAAAUAAGAACGUUGUUACUUUCUUCAGACCUUUAACCCUAAUUGUCGGUGCCAACGGAGCCGGAAAAACUACGAUUAUAGAGUGUUUAAAGGUGUCUUGCACUGGAGAAUUACCACCGAACGCGAGGUCUGGUCAUAGCUUCAUUCAUGACCCUAAGGUUGCUGGGGAAACGGAGACAAAAGCACAAAUUAAGCUGAGAUUCAAGACAGCUGCAGGGAAGGAUGUGGUAUGCAUAAGGUCAUUUCAGUUGACGCAAAAGGCUUCAAAGAUGGAGUACAAAGCUAUUGAGAGUGUGCUUCAAACCAUUAAUCCUCACACUGGAGAGAAAGUAUGUCUCAGCUACAGAUGCGCUGACAUGGAUAGGGAGAUACCAGCUUUGAUGGGUGUGUCAAAAGCUAUUUUAGAAAACGUCAUCUUUGUGCAUCAGGAUGAGUCUAACUGGCCACUGCAAGAUCCUUCUACUUUGAAAAAGAAGUUUGAUGAUAUUUUCUCAGCCACCAGAUAUACAAAGGCUCUGGAAGUUAUUAAGAAACUUCACAAGGAUCAAGCUCAGGAAAUAAAAACUUUUAAGUUAAAGUUGGAAAACCUGCAGACCUUGAAAGACGCAGCUUAUAAGCUUCGUGAGAGCAUUGCGCAAGAUCAAGAAAGGACAGAAUCUUCAAAAGUUCAGAUGUUGGAACUGGAAACCAGCAUUCAGAAAGUUGAUGCUGAAGUUCAUAAUAAGGAAAUGAUGUUAAAAGAUCUGAGAAAGCUACAAGACCAAGUAUCAAGAAAAACUGCGGAAAGGAGCACCUUGUUUAAGGAGCAGCAGAGACAGUAUGCAGCAUUACCUGAGGAAAAUGAAGAUACUAUUGAAGAAUUGAAAGAAUGGAAAAGCAAGUUUGAAGAAAGAAUUGCUCUUUUGGAGACCAAAAUUCGAAAAAUGGAGAGAGAGAUGGAUGACACAGCAACUACAAUUUAUUCGCUUCACAAUGCAAAAACUAACUAUAUGCUGGAUAUCAGCAAGCUACAAACAGAAGCUGAAGCUCAUAUGCUGCUGAAGAAUGAAAGAGAUUCUACCAUCCAGAAAAUUUUUUCCCAUCACAAUUUAGGAAAUGUUCCUAGUACCCCCUUCGGUACUGAGGUAGUUUUGAAUCUCACAAAUCGAAUAAAAUCAAGACUGGGUGAACUUGAGAUGGACUUGCUCGAUAAGAAGAAAUCAAAUGAAACUGCUCUAAGUACGGCUUGGGAUUGCUAUAUGGAUGCUAAUGACCGUUGGAAAAGCAUCGAAGCUCAGAAACGAGCUAAAGACGAAAUCAAGAUGGGCAUAUCAAAACGCAUAGAAGAGAAAGAAAUUGAGCGUGAUUCAUUUGAAUUCGAAAUUUCCACUGUGGAUGUUAAACAAACUGAUGAAAGAGAGAAACAAGUGCAAAUUGAGCUUGAGAGAAAGACAAAACAGAAUUCUGAAAGGGGAUUUGAAUCCAAAAUAGAACAGAAACAGCAUGAAAUAUACAGCAUGGAGCAUAAAAUUAAGACACUGAAUCGAGAAAGAGAUGUUAUGGCUGGUGAUGCUGAGGAUAGAGUGAAAUUGUCUUUGAAGAAGACGGAACAGGAGAAUCUUAGGAAGAAACACAAAAAGAUAAUAAAUGAGUGCAAGGAUCGUAUUAGAGGAGUGCUGAAGGGGAGAUUGCCACCCGAGAAGGAUAUGAAGAAGGAGAUAGUUCAAGCUCUGAGGUCAAUUGAAAGGGAAUAUGAUGACCUGAGUUUGAAAUCCCGAGAAGCAGAAAAGGAGGUCAACAUGUUGCAGAUGAAGAUACAAGAAGUAAACAAUAGCCUAUUCAAGCAUAACAAGGAUACAGAAUCAAGAAAGAAAUACAUUGAGUCCAAGCUUCAGGCCUUAAAACAGGAAUCAGUUACCAUUGAUGCUUAUCCCAAAUUGUUGGAGUCGGCUAAGGACAAAAGAGAUGACCGUAAAAGCAAGUAUAACAUGGCAAAUGGUAUGCGCAAGAUGUUUGAACCUUUUGGGGAUUUAGCACGUCAACAUCAUUAUUGUCCUUGCUGUGAGCGCUCUUUUACAACUGAAGAAGAAAAUAGCUUUGUUAAGAAGCAAAGGGUAAAGGCUUCAACCACGGGGGAGCAUCUUAAAGAAUUAGCAGUGGCGUCUUCCAAUGCUGACUCUGUAUUUCAGCAGCUAGACAAACUACGGGCAGUUUUUGAAGAAUACUCGAAACUAACUAGUGAAAUUAUUCCUCUCGCUGAGAAAACUUUGCAAGAGCAUACAGAAGAGCUGGGUCAAAAGUCUCAAGCUCUUGAUGAUUUAUUAGGAAUCUCUGCCCAGAUAAAAGCUGACAAAGACUCAAUUGAAGCACUGGUGCAUCCCCUUGAAAAUGCUGACAGGACCUUUCAGGAAAUCGUAUCCUACCAAAAGCAAAUUGAAGAUCUUGAAUAUAAGCUUGAUUUCAGGGGUCUUGGGGUUAAAACUAUGGAAGAAAUCCAAUCAGAAUUAAGUAGCCUCCAAAGCAGCAAGGAUAAAUUGCACGGUGAGCUGGAGAAACUUAGAGAUGACCAGAUUUACAUGGAACGUGAUAUAUCAUGCCUCCAGGCCAGAUGGCAUGCAGUAAGGGAGGAGAAGGCUAAGGCAGCCAAUUUGUUACGCAACGUUACAAAGGCAGAAGAAGACCUGGAGCGUUUAGCCGAGGAGAAAAGUCAACUUGACCUCGACGUGAAGUAUUUGACUGAGGCACUGGGCCCGUUAUCCAAGGAAAAAGAGCAGUUACUGAGUGACUACAAUGAUAUGAAGAUUAGACGUAAUCAAGAGUAUGAAGAACUGGCUGAGAAAAAGAGAAACUACCAACAGGAAGUUGAGGCAUUACUCAAGGCCAGUUCUAAGAUAAAUGAGUAUCAUGAUCUGAAGAAAGGGGAGCGCUUAAAUGAUAUUCAAGAAAAGCAGCGGUUAUCCGAAUCUCAGCUUCAGAGCUGUGAAGCUAGAAAGAAUGAACUUGCAGGUGAACUGAACAGAAAUAAAGACUUGAUGCGGAAUCAAGAUCAACUGAGAAGAAAUAUAGAGGAUAACUUGAACUACCGGACAACAAAAGCAAAAGUUGAGGAGCUUACACGUGAGAUUGAAUCAUUGGAAGAGCAAAUAUUGAAUAUUGGUGGGAUUCCCGCAGUUGAAGCUGAAAUUGUAAAGAUAUUGCGGGAAAGGGAAAGACUUCUUUCAGAGCUGAACCGGUGUCGUGGAACAGUGUCUGUUUACGAGAGCAGUAUUUCAAAGAACAGAGUGGAGCUAAAACAGGCACAAUACAAGGACAUAGAUAAGCGGCACUUUGAUCAACUGAUCCAGCUAAAGACAACUGAAAUGGCAAAUAAAGACUUGGAUAGAUACUACAAUGCCCUUGACAAAGCACUAAUGCGCUUCCACACAAUGAAAAUGGAGGAAAUAAAUAAGAUUAUAAGGGAACUGUGGCAGCAGACAUACAGAGGUCAAGAUAUGGAUUACAUACGAAUACACUCAGAUUCCGAAGGUGCAGGCACCCGCUCUUACAGCUACAAGGUUCUUAUGCAGACUGGUGAUACAGAACUUGAAAUGAGAGGAAGAUGCAGCGCAGGUCAAAAGGUUCUUGCUUCAUUGAUAAUUAGGUUGGCUUUAGCUGAGACAUUUUGCUUAAACUGUGGAAUAUUAGCCCUUGAUGAGCCAACUACAAACCUGGAUGGGCCCAAUUCAGAAUCUCUUGCAGGAGCUCUUCUUAGGAUCAUGGAAGACAGAAAGGGCCAAGAGAAUUUCCAACUCAUAGUCAUUACCCACGAUGAACGCUUUGCUCAAAUGAUUGGCCAACGGCAACAUGCUGAAAAAUAUUACCGGGUCGCAAAAGAUGAUAUGCAACACAGCAUAAUCGAGGCCCAAGAGAUCUUUGAUUGAUAAACUGGUUGCUUGUUCUAUAAACCAACAUAACAGCU